AUGUUCAACAACCUCGCUGGCGUGCCACCAACGGCAGUGAAAGGCGUGCGCUCCGCGUACCUCCAGACAAAGGGCGCUGACAACGUAAUGCUGAUGCAGGAAGAAGGAUUUGCCUAUGAUUCAUCCUACCCCACGGACAAGAUGGACUCUCCUUACUGGCCGUACACCUUUGACUACCAGUCCAGCGCUGGCUGUGCCGUCCCACCGUGGUUCCUGAACGACGGCUAUUACAACAUGGAGGCCCUCCAAGAGUUCCUGGACGCCAUUCAGGAGCAGCCAGAUGUAUACAUGGUCACCUACAGUCAAGCUCUGGAUUGGAUCAAGAACCCUGUUAGGGCUGCCGACAUCAGCAGCUCCGGAAUGUUCGGCUGUGACUACGCCGACCGCACCCCACUCUGCGCACACCCCAACCUCUGUGGAUACCUGAACGUCACUUACGCACCCAACGAUGAGGAGCAUCCAGGCGACAGGUUCUUCCAGACCUGCAGCGAAUGCCCCGAAGUUUAUCCGUGGGUGGAUAACCCAGCAGGAGAAUAAGCUGCUCUGUGACAACUCCAGGGAGCUUGAUAUAGACGACACGGACCGCCCGAUCAAAGAAUUCUUGACCAAUCCUAUAUAUUAGUUUGCCCUAACAUUCGCAGAAGGAAUCAAAACAUUUCUCAUUGCCUUCUGCAAGUUAAUAACGCGCUUGCUUUUACGCUCAAUUUGACUAGACUGUGGGAAAUUUCUCUCACAUUUUCUAGUACUUGUUCAAUUUAGGAUCGCAAUAUAUGCGUCUGCUACAAUAGUUAGUUAAACGCGAUUCGUAGAAUAGUGUAUGUUAGGACGCUAGUUUCAUGACACAGCAUUACUGAUAACGUCGGAUAUGCGUGUGUGCGUGUGUGCGUGUGUGUGUGUGUGUGUGUGUGUGUGUGUGUGUGUGUGUGUGUGUGUGUGUGUG